AUGCCGACCUCUACUGUCCUCACCUCUAAGGUGUCCGCUGGAUCACCGUAUCAGCUGGACUCACCCCAGGUUUGUCGCAAUUGCCCCCCCAGAAAACCCAGCGCACUUGCUAAUUGUCCAAAGGUUGUCAAAGCCUCGUCAGCGCUGCUGCGCCAUAUCAAGUCGAACCAGGAAGCGAAGGAAAAGUCCGCAACCAAGAAGACCCUGAUCGGUGACAACGAUGACUCCGGUGAUGAGGAGACCCCUCUCAACAACGAGGCCAUCUGGCUUAUUCUCACCACCAAGAAGCACGUCGUGGAUAAGAACCGCCUGAAGCCGGGCAAGAUCACCCUCCCCCACUCCCUCAACUCGUCGCCUUCCCUCAGCGUGUGCCUUAUCACCGCCGAUCCCCAGCGUAGCGUCAAGGACAUUGUCGCCGACGCUUCCUUCCCCCAAGAACUCUCCUCGCGCAUUGAGAAGGUCAUCGGCUUCAGCAAGCUAAAGGCCCGCUACCAGAGCUUCGAGAGCCGUCGCCAAUUGCUCGCUGAGUACGACGUCUUCCUCGCUGAUGAGCGCAUCAUCACUCGCCUGGUCCCUACCCUAGGCAAGAUUUUCUACAAGUCCAGCAAGCGUCCCAUCCCCAUUCGCAUCCAGAAGAUCGAGAAGGUGGAUGGCAAGCGAGUCAAGGCGGACCCUAAGAAGAAGACCAGCAAGGAGGAGAAGCGCGCCGAGUUCGCCGCUCCUCUGAUUGUCGCCAAGGAGAUUGAGCGCGCCUUGCACAGCGCCCCCGUUCAGCUCGCUCCCUCUACCAGCACCGCCAUCCGUAUCGGCUCCUCCAAGUUCACUGCAGAGCAGUUGUCGGAGAAUGUUUCCGCCGUCGUCAAGGGGAUGACCGAGAAGUUCGUUUCAAAGGGUUGGAGAAACAUCAAGAACAUUCACAUCAAGGGUGCCAACACCACGGCCCUGCCCAUCUGGCUGUCCGAUGAGUUGUGGGUUGACAAUGCCGAUGUCUUGGAAGAGGGUGCUGAGACCGCCGCCAUCGAGAACGGUGCCACCAACAAGAAGCGCAAGUCCAUUGGCGAGGAGAAGGCUAUUGAGAGCAAGAAGACCAAGAAGACCAAGUCUGCUGAGGAGGAGGAUGACUCCGCCGAGGUUGCAGCACGGAAAGAGAAGCUCCAGAAGCUCAAGGCUCAGGCCCUUGAGGAUGGUGAGCCUGCCAAGCCCGACACAUCCAAGGCUGGCAAGAAGAAGAGAAAGUCCACCUCAUGA